AUGGAUGAACUCGAUAAUUACCUAAUUAAACUCAACAAACAGGAGAAAAUCUUACAGUCAUUGUUGGAUAAUCUUAAUAAAUCCUACAACAGUGUUAUCCAACAACUGGAAGAUUUGGAAAAACCUGCGUUACAGGCUGCGGAAAAUGUAAAAAAUGCAUAUUCUCCACAUAUAUCUAUAAUAAACGAGUUAUUAGACGAGCUUUUUAGCGGAGGGAUCAUGGAAUUGUCCGCCGUUAGUCGUGAUGCUGAAAAAUUACAUAUCACAGCUGCCGCCACUAGUUCGGCCAUUAAAGCCGCUAGAAAGGCCAAUCAUAUAACUCAAUUGGUACUCAAACUCAAAAAUUUGGCAGAACGACUAGAAAAGGACUUUACAUGUGUCGAUGAGUUUGUCAAAUUGAUGAUAGAAGCACGGCAUGACUCUGAAUGGGAUGAAAUAUACACAAUUAUAUCGCUAGAUCCUUUAAAACGCCCAUUUGAAAUAUUACGUUCAACUAUGUUAAUUCAGCUUCGUAUAGAGUUACAAAAAAAUUCACUAGAUAAUAUCACCCCUUAUAUCAAAGUGCUUAAUUAUCUAGACUCAAAAUCUGACCUAUAUGAGUGUUUCAGAGUUUAUAUUGAGGAUUUAUAUAAAUUAUUUGAGCCAGAAAACAUCGAAUUUACUAUUUCAGAAAGGUUAGAAGAGAUUACCAGCUUCUCAAUCAAGUUGAUUAAUGACUUUAAUAUACAUGUGAAGAACUAUUCAGGAAAAGAUAUAUUUCUAGAAGUUAUCUCAUUAGUAUAUGAAAAAGUUAUUAAUAUGGCCUGUCCUAUGAUAAAAAAAUUCAUAGAUGAACAGGAUUUUAAGUUUGUAGAUGCCCUUUCGGCUGAUAAAUUACUCGAGGAGAUCGCCCAUACAAGUUUCAUAUAUAGGGACUUUCAGAAACAGAUAAUAUCGCAUAUAAUAAACACCUCUCCGAAUAUUGAAUUAUCACUCAAUUCGCUUAACGAUUCGUUAUCUCCCAGAAUAAUUUCACUGUUUAAAUCUGGCCUCCAUAAUGGUACUGAUGGUGUCGUGCUUGAAUUUCAAAAAUUACUCAGCCAUUAUGUAGUUCUUGAGCAUUCUUUCCUUGAAAAAUCUCUCUUAGUGGCUAUAGAAGAGUCUGAUGAAAUUAAUGACCCGGAAAUGGAAACUAUCAGUACGAUAGUCGAUGAUGUAUUUUUCAUCCUACAACAGUGCCAAAAUAGAGCUGUUUAUACUGGAGAUGUGGAUGCAGCUUGCGCCAUACUUAAUCACGUUUGCAAUGCACUAAAUACCCAAAUUAUAGAAGCACUGCAAGAGAAUUUUGAAUUUUCCGAAAAAAUUGCCAAACCAUACUUUUUACAGCUACAAAACAUCGAAAAUUUCAACACCCGAACUAUGAUCAAUGAAUAUUACAUGAGUAUAAACAAGGGAAAAAAUAAGCCACCAAAUGUAAUAUCUUCAAAGUAUAGCAUAAGGCACAGCCUUAACAAUUUGUCGGAAUGUUUGGACUAUUUGUUCAAAUUUCAAAUGGAAAUUAGACAGAUAUUUAACACUGAAUUCAAAGACUCGAAAAGUUUACUAAUAUCUAGUACAAUUCAAGAUUUGGACACUGUCAAAUCUGGUUUAGAACGUUUAAUGAUUGAUGCUGCGACAAAAAUUAGUUCUUUGCUAGAGAUUCAUAUAUUUUCUGGACUAGAAUCACUGAACAGUGCAAAUUUGGAAAUAUUUCAGGAGGAAUAUGACGCCGUUUCCCAAGGAGAUCACUUUUUAUCUCCCUUAAAACUUACUCUAGAUAUUUUGUUCACAUUUUUUAAUUCAAUAUUUACUGGAAAAAUCUCAUUUUUAUGUGCUACCACACUCAUAUCAAAAUUUUGUGAGGUUUUUGAAAGCAGUUUAUCCCAUAAAUCAAUGACUAUUUACGGUGCGAUAUAUCUAGAUUCUGGGAUACGUUCAAUUAUAACUCUAUCAGCAUCGCAUUAUGACCAACCAAUUAAGAAACAUUUUGCUAGGUUAUCUGAAUUAUGCAAUAUCCUAACAGUUUCAUCGCGCGAAGAAUUGGAUCAGAUGUAUCAAGGAGUUGGCACACAUAUAAUUUCCAUAACUGAUGCGAAGGAAUUAUUGAGUUUAAGAAAGGAUUUGUGA